CCAUACGCGCUAGUUGAUUUCGCCAGCGAUUGAAAUUGCCCGCGAAGGACAGGUUACAUGAAGGUCCGGCAAAUCGAUGCCUUUGGAAAGAGUGGCGCUCAAAAUUCCGAGUUGACGAGAUUUAAUUUGUACAAAUGGCGUUCCAAGUCCUGUCAAAUGCAUUUACUUGCUGCACCAAAACUUGCGCUGCUGAAAAGAACCCCAUUUCUCGCAAGAAGCCUCGUAAAUAUAAAAAAUACACCUCGCUUAUAUUGAUGCAGAACAGCAAACAUUCGUCUAUAGAUACAUAUGAAAUGAAUACUCUCAGCAGAGCUCAGUUUUUGCAGCUUUUUUCACUUAACUUGUUGAGCAUUCUGGGACUCGAUAAAACUGCACUUUCAACAAAAACAACAGUAGUGGAAAAGAAGAGCCUCACAGAAACCAUCUCAGAAGGCCUGUCGAAGAUUCUGACCAGAAAGGAAGGCAAUCAAGACGUGAGUUACAAGAAAGAUGGAAACUCAAAGUCUGCAACUGGUAUGAAACACGCAGAGCCUUUGUCGGAAGACGAGGAGGAAACUGCUGAAGCUUUGAUUGAAAAGUUAAGGUCCCGGCAGCAGUCUGAACCUAAACGUUAAACGCUCGUUUCAGGUGUUUGUUCUGCCAAAUAAUUUGGUUUGUAGGGUUUGGGGUUCAAAGAGGAAAUAAAAUAUUAGCCAUUGUUUCGAUUGAUCUUCAAUGAUUUUAUUCGUUGUUGCUCCGUAUAGUAGCUUCGCAGGAACUCUAUCGUGUCAUCAGCAUUUUAAAGUAAAGAUUUAUGCGAAAAACUCUUUGCAGUCAUCAGCUUCAAGUAAAACUUUUCUCUGGAAA